UUGUCUGUACUCGAUCCGUAGCCGACAUGGCAUUAAAAGACAAAUCACAUGGAGAAGAGACACGUGUCGAACUUAACGGCAAUGGAGGCUUCGGGUUGUGGUUAGGGCACGAUCUUUCGCAAAGCAAACAUAAAAACAGAGCGGUGAUGGUCCCACGCACACUUGUCUGCUGCAUUGUGGGACCCCACUUUGCUAACAUGGACCCACACGUUCUUUGCUCUUUUCUUAUUUCCAUAAAAUGUUUAAUCCCAUGUCAACUACUCUAUUAUUUAUACCCAAGUCUAAUCUAUUGCAUUAUUUGACAAAACGCACAUAAUCGUCUCAUCAUGUAUAGAUGUGUCUUUUAACCAUGCAGAUAUUUUCUCGUUAGGUAACACGUUUAUAAGGUUUCAAGAAAAGUGUCAGAUCACAUCAUUGAACAAGUUUUCCACCACCAUCCGAUCAAAUCGUUGAUCAAAACUCAUGAGCAUCAAGUUCUUAUCAUGUCUGCCAAGUUUAGUGUGAGAGUUUAUAGACAUUUCAGUAUUGAACUGCAAGGUUUUAAUGAGUAGUACGUUGUGAUACUUUAAUUGGUCUUAUGUAUAUCAGUACAGUUUUGCAUGUCUUCAAACCAUAAUUAAACUUCAAAAUCUAUAUAUCCAUUGAAUUGAACUAAGUCAAAUAUAUAUAUAUAUAUAUAUAUAUAUAAAUUGCAUGUAUUCAACCAUAUAUAGUAACUACAAAUUAUAUUAUUUGUAUUGAAUAUAAAAUACAAAUAUCUUUUGAGACUUUAGCAAAAAAAAAAAUCUUUUGAGACUUUUGGGGGGGGUUUUAGCAGACACUACCAGUGUCCACUUGUUGAUAACAUCAAACUAUAUAUGUCCGUUGUUCAUUAGAAGCGUGGGAAUUAGUACUUUAUUAGCAUUAGAUAUAUACUAUAUAAUUGCCAUAAAGUCAACGUAAUGCAACGAAAUACCUAGGUGGUUGUAAUGUCAUUAUGUUCAAGUAGAUACGAACAACUAAACAUGUAUCAUGUAUAAAAUUGACCAACAUAUAUUUCAAUGUAAAUGAUUUAAUGAUACGUACGCAUACCCACACAAUGAAUGAAUCAUAUACAGGACCGUUGCAAUACUUGAUAGUUAUAUAUUCAAUUAAUCACAGAUAAUAUAUCUUAUACAUGUGUGGUGUUAGACUUUGAAUAAUGCGUUAAGUCAAUGAAUAAGCCAUGCGUAUGAUGAAAUAAAUUAAACAAACUUGGUUCAAUGUUUCUGUGAAAAGAAACGUAGGUUUUACCUGUCAGAAAUGCAACAAUCCGUUUGGAGAAUGUUUUGGCAGAAAAAAAAACUGCUAACCUUUUUGUCAAUCGCCAUUAGAAAUAUCGAUCUUACCCCGUAUGCUAAGGUUCCCGAGAAACAUACACAUGAAGUGAAUGAAAGACGAGUUAUAGGGGACAAAAGUUAACAAGGUAGCGUAAAACCAUGCAAAGUGUUUGAAGGGUCCAACGUAGAGACAAAGAGUUAGGAGCUAAAAACCGCUUCUUGGGAUAAACAAAAGAAGCAUAUGCAUCAAAAACCCUAAUCCUCCUUUUUGCACGUUUCAGUUACCAGCUAGAUUUUUGCUCCAUUUAUUAAUACAAAUAUAGAUAUAUACAAAAAAUAACUAAGCGGUGUCAAUCUGAGGAUGCUAUAACUUCGAGAGAGAAGACACAAGUUUGGUCUUUUCACUUUUGCUUGGAAGGUUUCUCUGGUUUGAAUCAGUGAAUCCUUCAUAGACAUAAGAGGGGCCACAUACAAACACCCUAAUCUGACCUUCGCUACAGUUUUUUUUCUUCUCAUUCAGACAUUUGCAUGUUCUCUUCUUCUCCUCUACCAUCACAAUAUCUUCAAAACGUCAUAUCUCUCUCCAUCUCUCUAUAUAUAUUGGUCUGCAACUGUCUCGGUUAUAGUCCAGGUCAUAUCUCCUUUUUGGUCGCUAUUACUGGUAUGGAUCCGUUGAGGACUACUUGCUUCUAUUUCCUUUGUAUCGUCUUUGUCAUCCUUUCUCCGAGUUGCUUAUGCGAUUCUCGCCGUCUUGGACCCAUGGAGAAGAAGCUUGGUGUGAAUCGUGACCACUUAAUUGCGGAGGUAAUCCCCUUUGCUUUCUUAUGUUAGAGCCUGAGUUAUUUUCAAUGAUGUUAGGGGGUUUUUCGUGUGUGUGCAAUAUAUAUAGGGUAUCUUCUUAAGAAAACGUUUUGGCUGAUUCACAUACGCAUAUAUAUAGUAUAUUAUAUAACAAAACACGGAUUCAAGUAUAUCAUGAUCGUUGAUACUAGCAUGUGCACAAUCCCUUAAAAAUGCAUGUUGGUUCAUUGUGUAUUAGGUAGGUUAUCUUUGAAUAUGCCUAUUUGACAAAAAAAUAAAGAAGCUUUAAAUAUGCUUGUUUUUAACAUAUAUAUAGAUGAACUGAAUUUCAUAUUUUCUUUCUCUUCAAACCAAAUCUAUUUAUAUUUAUGAUUUGUAGGCAUGGUCCAAAUCAACGUACUAUUUAAAAUCAACACUAGAAGUUUGGGAGCAGAUUAUAUGGUCAAGUAGUGUAACUAGUUUCUCUUAUAUUUCAUAGAAUCUCAUGUUAUGUGAUCGGGUUUGUACUAAGCAUAAAACGUACUUAGUGUACUUAGAUAGAACUAUAAACCAAAAGAAAAAUAAAAGCUAAUUAAUCAUACACAUAUACACAACGAUACUAAUUAUUUUUCCAUGGCACAGAACAACGAAGAAAUUACAAAACAAGGCGUUCCUUCAACAAACGUGAAGAAAACCUUAUUGAGUGAAGCACCGAUCGAACAUGACGUAGCUAAUCAUGGUUGUCAGAUAAAUGGGAAUAGUACGAAGGACGAUUUCAGGGUAAAACGUGCUUCACUAGACAAAACCGUGCCGUCCAAAAGAGUCUCGAGAACUUGGAAAGUUCCUAAAUAUUCAAAGAAGCAGCCUAGAUUAGAUCACGAACAUCCAGCAUUCAGUCUCGACUACAUGCAGCCCAGCACCCAUCCGCCUCAUCAUAAUUAACUUUCUCUUGAUCAAAUUUCUACAUUUUGACUCGUUUAAUGUGGUCACAAACGACCUAGUUUGAAGCUUUAUAUAAAAUAUACUAUAUGUUAACUAAAAUAAACUAGUAAAGCAGGUUCUUGAUGUUGUACGAUACUACUCCGGUUGCAUUUCUUGAUUUUGUGACUAUAUCACGCAUUCGUGCGCAUAUAUCGAUCAUGAUGCACUACUAUAUUUACUCGUCUCUAUAUACAUGCAUGGGUACCUCUCUUUUUUUUUUUGUCGUUGUUAAAGCAGUCCUUUGAAUGUUAUGCUAAUACUAAAUAAGAAGGUACUUUUGUUGUUGUAAAAAAAUUGUAAAAUUUUUCGUGAUAUUAGACUAACUUACUAACGAUUGAUUGAUCAUGAUUCAAAUUUUAAAAAGCAGCUAAAAAUUUGAAAUACUUGAUGGUUACUUAGUUUACUACUAGCUAUAAGUUCUGAUGGCAUUAAAACUUUGCAUAAGCAAGUCUGUAGUAUGUACAUAUGUCAGUCAGUAAAGUUGGAGCCGAGGAAACAAAAGAUUGCCCAUAGUGACAAAAACCAUAUAAAUUUCAUUUGGCACGCAUGAUGGUUGUGCAUGGCGUUCGGUGUCUCGUUCGAAUUAGUUGGUUCAGAUUUUUAGAUUUUGGUAGCAUGUUCAUGAGUUCCGUUCGGUUUUACUAUUUCUAGUUCAGGUUAAUUAUUUGGGUUCCGUUUGGAUUGAAUUAUAACCAAUAUUAGGAUCGGUUCUGGGCUAAAGCCCGCAAAACAAGAGUUUUAGGCGCCAUGGUUUAUGAAAUAGUAAGGAGCGCCAAAAGACAAUAAAUUUCUUUAGUGUAGUGGCUUGGGAUUUGUGUUGAAGUCUUAUAGCUUGAAGGUUCCAACCCCUGCUCUUUAUUUUUUUAUUUGUUUCAUUUGUUCACUUUUGAUAAUGAAACGAAUGUGAUGAGAUUGAAGAUCUUAAUUAAUAUCCGAUCCAUUUAGGAAAAGAUCUUAGGUUCUUCCUUUUGACAAUUUUAGUAUAUUUUUUCAUACUAUAUUAAGUUGAAUAUUGUAUUCUAACAAUAUUUAUGUUUUAGUUUUUAAUAUUUACAUCCGUUUUUCUUCUGAAAGUCUUAUGUCAUAUGUGUGUUGAUUGAUUGUUGGUUCCCACUGGAGUUACUCCAUCUUCCAUGUAUUUUUUUUUUCUCUUUUGUCAUAAUUUUUUUAUAAUCUAUAAAAAAUUGAAAUGUAUAUGUGCCACUAUGUCUAUGAAGGAACUAGAUGACUUAUUAAUAAUAUCAAUAGAAGAACACAAACCAAAACACUGAAUCAUUUAUAGUUGAUAUAUAUUAUUGUAUACAUCUCUUUUUCAGCUGUCCAUAUUCGUUUGCUGUGUGGGAAUGUCUAGUCAAAGGAAUUCUAAAGGAGAGAUUCACUGCAGUGUGGGAUGAUAUAGUGGAGAUAAUAUAUGAUUCGGCCUAUCUAGCUACGGAGAUGUUCCUCCUAAGAUACUCUUUUCAAGCUGCUCUUCACAAUAUACGGUGGGAGGGAAAUGCAAGGAGGCAUGGAGAGGAGCCGAGAGAUGCGAGAUUGUUGAGUAAACUUGUUGAUAAAACUAUUCGGCUCCAACUUUUGGCAGUAAAAGCACAGGACCAUGAAUAUUUGGAGAAGGGGCUGAGAACUUGGUUUGGCACAAGACUUAUUUCAGACCCACCAUAAGGAGGAGAUAGAAUUAUUUUUUUCAUUGGUUAUGGAUAGAAGUAUAUAAUCAAAAACAGAUGCACUUGAUGUAAAUAAGUUUUCUUGCUUGAAUAAAUUUUACAUUCAUUCAAAAAAAAAAAGAUAUAUAUUACUGUAGAAAAAGAGAAAAAAAUUGUUAUGAAUUUAUGUUUGUGUAUUAUACUUCGAAAAAAUAAGCUUUAAUACUGUUUUACAUUAUUCUAAUUAUAUACAUGAAAUGUAAAAAAAAUAUUUAAAGGGGCAACAUUUUUAUAUUGUGCUUUAGGCGCCAGUUAAGUCCGGACCAGCACUGCCAAUAUAUAUUUGAAUCACCCAAAAUCUGAAUAAAAAAAUCUAUUAAGAUGGAUAAAAAAAUAUUGAAAACAUAAAUCAUUCAAGAGAACUAAUUAAAAGCUAGUUAUACUAUUUAAGCCAACUAAAGUAUUUGAAAUGACAGAAAAAUCUGUAUACAAACAAAAAUAAUCUGUAAAACACUCUAAAAUAUAUAACUUACAUCAAGAUAUGUAAAAGUUUAAUAGACUUAACUAAUUUCAAGUAUUGUUUUUUAAUAAACACUCUACAACAGAUAGAAUUCAAAUUUUUUCGGUUUAGGUUCGGAUUUCUGAUUUAUAAACGCUCAUGCCUAGUUUAUACAAAGUAAGAUUUGAGAUAUGUUUAUGCUCAGUAUAUAAUCUCAUAGUACUCUGCUCCUUGUUUUACAUCAUGUACAAAGCCAGUAAAACUAGAAAGGCACCGAAGUUAUGUAUCUAGUUCGGUGGACGUUAAAAUAGUUUAAAAACCUUUGGUAGUGAUGGCUCACUUUAUCGACUUUUGAGAUACAAGGCUCAUUUAGUCAUAAUGGCAUGUAAGCCCACUAUGGUUUAAAUUUUGCCGCCAGAAAGAAAGUCAUGUAAACAGUAAACUCCAAUUUGUAAAAACUAAAAGCGAGAGAAGGGGGAGAUAGUGUGGAUUGGAGACUGAAGAAUGGAGGGGAAGCAAGCUAGAUCUUCUCUAGAUCUGUUUGUUAGGGGAUUUUUGUGUACAAGCGAUCCGUGCUCAGCUCUACGGAAUGAUAGGAGGAAGGAGACGCGUCGUCGUUGAGUGUAAUCUCCUGCUUUGAUAGUUGAUAAACCAGGAGAUCAUGCUCUUUGGAUACAGCCAUAUGGGUAUGGGCCAGUAUAGGUCACCGGUGCCUUAGUAGCAGCAGGGGAGAUUGGUCAUUAGGCGGGGACCGCCUAUCGAUAGUGAAGAUCGCGGGGCCUUCAUGAUCUAUGAUCGAUGGUUCCGGCUACCAAAGUCGGUCCUUGGGGGCCUCCUGAUCUGUACUUGAUGGUUCCGGUUACCAAGGUCGGUCCUUGGGUAUCUAUGCACGGGACCAUAGAAGGUGUUUGAAUUUAUUGCUGCAUCCUUCAGUGGGGAUUGCCUACGUACCCUUCAGGGGGGGAUCAAGCCGUUCGUAGUUCAUGUAUAUGGAGGCACGGAGCCUAGAUGGACGCGGAGCCUAGAUGGAGGCACGUAGCCUGAUGGAGGCACGUAGCCUGAUUGAGGCACAUAGCCUGAAGGAGGCGUGUAGCCUAAUGGAGGCAUGUGGCCUAGGGAGCAUGGGGCUCUAGUGGGCACAUGGCCUAAUGGGCACGUAGCCUUGGGAGCACGUAGCUCUGUAGUUGGUAAAAGUCAUCUGUUCUAGGGGGCACAUGGCCAGAACAGAUGGUAGACCUGUCGAUAUGCUGCAGUGAGCAUGAUGUGUCGAGGUGCUUCCGUGAGUAUGAACGGACCCUGCGGAUGAGCUGGAGACUGUGGCCUGAGCCGGUAAGUAGAGUUGUAGACGUGCUGCAGUGAGCAUAUAUCUUCAUCUGUUUGAUAGUAAUCGCCGGGUAGAACCUUCUGAGACAUGGAGGUUUCCGAUUGCUGGUGAGCUUCUCUGUCUUCCUUGCCAAUGACCUUUGUACCUCUGGCAUAUGGAGCAAUAUGUUUGCUCUUUGCAUCAGGACGACACUCCAUGUGUGCUUCUGUUCUUUCAGGUAAAGCAACAAUACUUCUCCGUCCUUGAGCUUGGAGAGUAUGGGUUAACAUGGUCUCAUAUGAUUUUGGACCCAGAUUGGUCCAUAGGCAGGGAUUGACCUGGGUUUGGAGUCGGAAUCCGUUGUUUGGAUAGCAGGGGUUGGCGUAUUCUAUCACGUAUCAGGAGAUGAUUGAUCAUCCACGAAUAUUGAUUUUCUCAUAUUCCUUGGAUUUCCUUCUUUGCAGGCGUCGUUCGAUGACUCAUUCUAGCUGCUCUCUGCCCCCGCUUGGGUGAGCCACUCUCAGCGUUUUCUGGACGUCGUUUGAUGACUCGUCGCCUCAUCUUGAAUCUUCUUUGCCACGGGCAUGUUGAUGGGAGUUGCUGAUGCGUGUAACCCCGUGGGUUAACGCUUAGCUCAUCUGCCCCUGCUUUCCUCGUGGUCAUGUCUUCCUCAAAGAUAUAUCAGGGUACAUGGCCAGAAAAAACGGUAGUAAGGUGGUCAGAACCCUGGAUCCGGAACCUGGAAGCUGGAACCCGGAACCCAAAGGUUUUCCUUUUCCUUUUAGAUGAAUAGUAAUGGGAACAUGUGUUCUCCGGCUUCUUUUACUCCCAUUUGCUCCAAAUGAGUAGAGGGUAUGAAGACCAGCACUCCUAGAUGUAGUAUUAGCAUUUUCCCUGGCUCCUUUGCAGGAGGUAGAGCAGCAGUGUUCUCGGCACUUAGGCAGGGUUUCUUCGCAGAACAACUCCAAUGGAAUUCGACGAGUACUCAAAGGCGUUCAAUCAACCUAGCUAUCAGGCUUACUUGGAUUCCACUAUCACUUAGAUUCUAGAACCUAAAGAGAAAGGUGGUUCUCCAGUUACUUCUUAGUGGUUGCCCGAUAUGCAUGCAGUAUUUCCUGGAGCUCUUCUUCUGACUCCUCCUGUCUGGAAGCAUUGAUGGCGUCUAGGGCUUGCUAUAUUGCUGCUGGUUGAUUACCCGCUGAUAUUGAUGUUGGUGAUAUUCAUUAUAACAACCCCUGCUCUUUAUUUUUUUAUUUGUUUCAUUUGUUCACUUUUGAUAAUGAAACGAAUGUGAUGAGAUUGAAGAUCUUAAUUAAUAUCCGAUCCAUUUAGGAAAAGAUCUUAGGUUCUUCCUUUUGACAAUUUUAGUAUAUUUUUUCAUACUAUAUUAAGUUGAAUAUUGUAUUCUAACAAUAUUUAUGUUUUAGUUUUUAAUAUUUACAUCCGUUUUUCUUCUGAAAGUCUUAUGUCAUAUGUGUGUUGAUUGAUUGUUGGUUCCCACUGGAGUUACUCCAUCUUCCAUGUAUUUUUUUUUUCUCUUUUGUCAUAAUUUUUUUAUAAUCUAUAAAAAAUUGAAAUGUAUAUGUGCCACUAUGUCUAUGAAGGAACUAGAUGACUUAUUAAUAAUAUCAAUAGAAGAACACAAACCAAAACACUGAAUCAUUUAUAGUUGAUAUAUAUUAUUGUAUACAUCUCUUUUUCAGCUGUCCAUAUUCGCUUGCUGUGUGGGAAUGUCUAGUCAAAGGAAUUCUAAAGGAGAGAUUCACUGCAGUGUGGGAUGAUAUAGUGGAGAUAAUAUAUGAUUCGGCCUAUCUAGCUACGGAGAUGUUCCUCCUAAGAUACUCUUUUCAAGCUGCUCUUCACAAUAUACGGUGGGAGGGAAAUGCAAGGAGGCAUGGAGAGGAGCCGAGAGAUGCGAGAUUGUUGAGUAAACUUGUUGAUAAAACUAUUCGGCUCCAACUUUUGGCAGUAAAAGCACAGGACCAUGAAUAUUUGGAGAAGGGGCUGAGAACUUGGUUUGGCAGAAGACUUAUUUCAGACCCACCAUAAGGAGGAGAUAGAAUUAUUUUUUUCAUUGGUUAUGGAUAGAAGUAUAUAAUCAAAAACAGAUGCACUUGAUGUAAAUAAGUUUUCUUGCUUGAAUAAAUUUUACAUUCAUUCAAAAAAAAAAGAUAUAUAUUACUGUAGAAAAAGAGAAAAAAAUUUGUUAUGAAUUUAUGUUUGUGUAUUAUACUUCGAAAAAAUAAGCUUUAAUACUGUUUUACAUUAUUCUAAUUAUAUACAUGAAAUGUAAAAAAAAUAUUUAAAGGGGCAACAUUUUUAUAUUGUGCUUUAGGCGCCAGUUAAGUCCGGACCGGCACUGCUAAUAUAUAUUUGAAUCACCCAAAAUCUGAAUAAAAAAAUCUAUUAAGAUGGAUAAAAAAAUAUUGAAAACAUAAAUCAUUCAAGAGAACUAAUUAAAAGCUAGUUAUACUAUUUAAGCCAACUAAAGUAUUUGAAAUGACAGAAAAAUCUGUAUACAAACAAAAAUAAUCUGUAAAACACUCUAAAAUAUAUAACUUACAUCAAGAUAUGUAAAAGUUUAAUAGACUUAACUAAUUUCAAGUAUUUUUUUUUAAUAAACACUCUACAACAGAUAGAAUUCAAAUUUUUUCGGUUUAGGUUCGGAUUUCUGAUUUAUAAACGCUCAUGCCUAGUUUAUACAAAGUAAGAUUUGAGAUAUGUUUAUGCUCAGUAUAUAAUCUCAUAGUACUCUGCUCCUUGUUUUACAUCAUGUACAAAGCCAGUAAAACUAGAAAGGCACUGAAGUUAUGUAUCUAGUUCGGUGGACGUUAAAAUAGUUUAAAAACCUUUGGUCGUGAUGGCUCACUUUAUCGACUUUUGAGAUACAAGGCUCAUUUAGUCAUAAUGGCAUGUAAGCCCACUAUGGUUUAAAUUUUGCCGCCAGAAAGAAAGUCAUGUAAACAGUAAACUCCAAUUUGUAAAAACUAAAAGCGAGAGAAGGGGGAGAUAGUGUGGAUUGGAGACUGAAGAAUGGAGGGGAAGCAAGCUAGAUCUUCUCUAGAUCUGUUUGUUAGGGGAUUUUUGUGUACAAGCGAUCCGUGCUCAGCUCUACGGAAUGAUAGGAGGAAGGAGACGCGUCGUCGUUGAGUGUAAUCUCCUGCUUUGAUAGUUGAUAAACCAGGAGAUCAUGCUCUUUGGAUACAGCCAUAUGGGUAUGGGCCAGUAUAGGUCACCGGUGCCUUAGUAGCAGCAGGGGAGAUUGGUCAUUAGGCGGGGACCGCCUAUCGAUAGUGAAGAUCGCGGGGCCUUCAUGAUCUAUGAUCGAUGGUUCCGGCUACCAAAGUCGGUCCUUGGGGGCCUCCUGAUCUGUACUUGAUGGUUCCGGUUACCAAGGUCGGUCCUUGGGUAUCUAUGCACGGGACCAUAGAAGGUGUUUGAAUUUAUUGCUGCAUCCUUCAGUGGGGAUUGCCUACGUACCCUUCAGGGGGGGGAUCAAGCCGUUCGUAGUUCAUGUAUAUGGAAGCACGGAGCCUAGAUGGACGCGGAGCCUAGAUGGAGGCACGUAGCCUGAUGGAGGCACAUAGCCUGAUUGAGGCACAUAGCCUGAAGGAGGCGCGUAGCCUAAUGGAGGCAUGUGGCCUAGGGAGCAUGGGGCUCUAGUGGGCACAUGGCCUAAUGGGCACGUAGCCUUGGGAGCACGUAGCUCUGUAGUUGGUAAAAGUCAUCUGUUCUAGGGGGCAC